CCCUCCCAUCAAACCAACGAGAGCCUAUUCUCUCCGUUUGGUUGUGACCUUCCUCUAGCUAUCCUUUGUUCCUCCACUAGUGAUGUCGCAUUCUUUCUCUGUGGCUAUCCUCUGUUCUCUCUCAUUCUGUCCCUUCCCUUUGGAGCUCUUAUCAUCAGUUUCGCUGAAGGAAUUAGUGAAAGUGAGACCUGAGCUAAUAUACUUGAGAGACCAAAAGGACAGGACGCCUCUUCAUUGUGCAGCAUCCAUUGGUUAUCUUGAAGGCGUACAAACAAUUGUAAAUGCAAGUCCCCAAAGCAGGGUAGAAUUGGAUAAAAAAGGCUAUCUUCCUAUUCAUGUUGCUUGCAAAGAAGGCCAUUUUAACGUCGUCCAGUAUUUCAUUCAACGAACAUGGUUUGAUCCCAUGGAUUUACAAAACCAAAAAGGUCAGAAUAUUCUUCACAUUGCAGCAAAGAGGGGAAAAGAUGCAGUGGUCAAGUACAUAUUGGGAGAGAAGAAACUUGAGAAUCUCUUGAAUGAGAAAGACAAAAAUGGAAAUACUCCUUUGCAUUUGGCUUCCAAAUACUUACACCUAAAGGUAUUGCUCCUUCUGACACAAGAGAAAAAACUAAAUGUCAACCUUGUCAAUAAUGAAGGUUUGACAGCCCGUGAUAUUGUUAUUCAAAGAAGAAAUACAGCCCCAACAUUUCGAGAGUACUUAUCAUUUGCUAUGUUGAGAUCUGUUGGGGUGCCUUUGAGUGAAAAGGGAAGAAGAAUCAGGCGUUUGCAUGCAGAACAACCUCAUAUUAAGUGGAUUAAAGACCGUGUCAGCAGUCUCUUACUUGUAGCGAUAUUGGUUGCCGCUGUAACAUUUGCUGCUGGUUUUACAGUGCCAGGUGGUGUCUAUGACUCCAAUGACAUAGACACAAAGAGAAGCGGCAUGGCCACCCUGGUUAAGAGAAAAAUGUUCCAAGUGUUCACAAUCUGUGAUGUGAUAGCUAUGUAUAGCUCUACAAUGGGAUCUUUCAUUCUACUAUGGGCUCAACUUGGUGACUUUCAUAUGGCAUUUAGUGCCACAUACUUUGCGUUAAAUUUGGUGGGUUUGGCCAUAGUGUCAAUGUCUAUUGCAUUCAUGGCUGCAGUAAAUCUAGUAGUCAACAAUUUGACUUGGCUCGCUAACAUUGUGAUGAUUAUUGGAAUCAUCUUCCUUUUGAUGUUUUUGGGUCUGUAUAUUCCUCUUAUAUACCCUCUAGGAGCCCAUCCUUGUUUCUUCCCUCGCAUUACAAACUUCAUUUUCAGGAUGAUCAUUCCAUUUUCUGGAAGUUAUGGGAUCAAGGUGAAGAAGGCGAAAGCUUUGAAAGUGACAAAAGAGGAUAAAGAUAGUGGGAACACUAGCAAAUGAGAAUAGAGUUUGUUUGUUGAAUUUCAGAAAAUUUAUGGGAGGGAGGGAUAAGUAAGUUUGGUUCUUAUAUGUUAGACAUUUUGUCUCUCUUAGUCUAUUUGCUAUGUUUUCUCAUUGUUAUGUUUGAUGAUCUUGAUACUUUUGGAUCACCAUAAUAGGAAACUAUCUUCCACUCCAGUUAAUUUGAUAUAACACAAUUGAGUCAUUGUUUGAUUUCUUCUGUUAAGUUUAGAGCGAGUUAAAAGGAUUGAUGCAUGGUUAUCACGG